AUUGUCGACUCAUGUUAUACUUUCGCGGCAUCAGUAUUCUCAGUAGUAGACUUCAACCCCCCAGAAGUGAGUAAUGCUUUGAUGUUGCUGCUGCUGCUCCAACUUUCUUAUUUAGCAUUAUUUUUAUCAACAAACAACUUCAUACUCCAUUAUCAUCAUCAUUACCAUUUAUCAUUAUCACAUUUACUUCCUCUUUCUCUAGAAAGACCAAACCAAAUCAACUCUCUCACUCUGCUGCUAUCAUUCUUGGAUCUCUGAAGAAGUAGUAAUGGUGGGUUCAGUUCAGAUCUCGUGAAAUCAUCAUUUUGUUCCAUUUUUUUGGGGAGGUUUAAUAAAUAAUGGGAAGUAUAUCAUCAGAUGAAGAAGGUUAUGAUCAACAAAGUGAAAGAUAUGGUGGUAGUUAUAGUUUAAGUGCUGAUGUAAGUGAAUCAGAAAGUUCUGGUAGUUAUUCCUGUAGACGGUAUGAUGGAACUGAAGGUGGAGGAGGUGCUGGUGGUGCUUCAAGUUCUUUAUCUUCAUCUCCACUUACAUCUUCUCGUGUUAUGAGUAGUCUUGGAAAUUCUAUUUUCCCUUCUGCUUCUUCAUUAAUGUUGCCUGUAAUUGGUAAAGAUAUUGUUGUUUGGGAAGAUGAGAAACCUGAAAAACGUUUAGCUGAUUUAUCUGAAGUGGAAAUGAUGAAGGAAAGAUUUGCUAAGCUACUACUUGGAGAAGAUAUGUCAGGUGGAGGGAAAGGAGUUUGUACAGCUCUUGCAAUAUCAAAUGCCAUUACUAAUCUAUCUGCUACUGUGUUUGGGGAACUAUGGAGGUUGGAACCAUUGGCACCACAGAAGAAGUCAAUGUGGUGUAGAGAAAUGGAAUGGCUAUUAAGUGUUAGUGAUUCGAUUGUGGAGUUAAUUCCUUCAGUUCAAGAUUUUCCUGGAGGUGGUACAUUUGAGGUGAUGAAGGCUAGACCAAGGUCUGAUCUAUAUGUAAAUCUUCCGGCACUAAAGAAGCUUGACGCCAUGUUGCUUAGUAUGCUUGAGAGUUUUCGUGACACUGAGUUUUGGUAUGUUGAGCGUGGGGUGAUUGUUGCCGAGGGGGAUGGUGGUGGUGGUGGUGGUGGUGAUGCGUAUCCACUGUCUUCGUCUAAUGGGAGGCAUUCAAUUAGACAGGAAGAGAAGUGGUGGCUCCCUUGCCCUAAGGUGCCACAUGAAGGAUUAUCAGACGAUGCAAGAAAGACAUUGCAGCAAUGUAGGGACUGCACAAAUCAGAUUCUUAAGGCUGCUUUAGCGAUUAAUAGCUCUGUGCUUUGCGAAAUGGAAAUCCCAAGUGUAUACUUGGAGACACUGCCAAAGAGUGGAAAAUCUUGCUUGGGUGAUAUUAUAUAUCGCUACGUAACAGCAGAGCAGUUCUCACCAGAAUGUCUUCUUAAUUGCUUGGACUUGUCAUCAGAACACCAAACACUGGAAAUAGCAAAUAGCAUUGAAGCUGCCGUGCUGGUUUGGAGGCAGAGAAGCGGGAAAAAACUUACAAAUAAUGCAAAGAAUGGGAGAUCUUCGUGGGGUGGAAAGGUCAAGGGGCUUGUUGGUGACAGCUCAAGAAGUCAACUUCUAGCACAUAGGGCAGAAACCCUCUUGCAGAGCCUACGACUUCGGUAUCCUGGACUGCCACAGACUGUGUUGGACAUGAACAAGAUUCAAUACAACAAGGAUGUUGGACAAUCUAUACUCGAGAGCUACUCAAGGGUGAUGGAAAGCUUGGCCUUCAACAUAAUGGCAAGAAUUGAUGACGUGCUCUACGUGGAUGAUGCAAUGAAGAAAUGUGUGGCAGCAGAGUCAGUCUCUCUUUUUGGCAGAGGAGGUUUAGGUAGUUUUCCCCUGCAAAAGAGAAUCUCACCAAGUCCUUUCUCAGUACAACAUUCUCCAUUUGCAUCUCCUUUUGCAACACCAACCUUUUGUUCUUCCACACCUGUCAGCGGAAGCCCACCGAAGGCAAAUGAAACCCUAACAAAGAAUUGUCCUCUAGUUGGUCAGGAUGGGAAGCUUGACAAAUUGGUCUCAACCAAUACUGAAAAGAGAUGGUCAUAUGCUGGUAAUUUGAGUGCUGGGACAGAAACUGGGUAUGCCCCAGAGAGAGAUUAACCGGAUUUGUUAGUUGGAUUAUAGACAUAAAAGAUGAGUUAACAGUGUAAAUGGAAGAAAAUUAAUCUCAUGAGAUCUUUAGCAUUUCCUGUUACCUAUCUA